AUGUCGGACACUGUGAAGAUGUGCCGCGUCAUCAUGGAGCUCAUCGAAACUGAGAGGCAAUACGUGCAAGACUUGAAUUGCCUGAUCGAAUGGUAUCUCGAACCGUUGAAAAAUGAAAAGAUCGAUGGCAUUGAGGAGAUAGAGCAGUUGUUCGGCAACAUCCAGGAAAUAGUUCACUUCCAGAAGAUGUUCACUCAGAGUUUGGAGGCCGCCAUUGAUAAAGAGAUCAACCAACACACAGACCCUGACAAGGAGAAUAUUAAUUUCAAAAAAAUCUUGCUGGCACUUGGCAGUGCGUUCCUCUACUACGCUCAUCACUUCAAACUUUACAGUUCCUUUUGCGCCAGCCACUCCAAAGCCCAAAAAAUUCUGCUAGCUGGUAAUGAUGAUGAUGAUGCUGAUGACUUCCUAAAAUCGCACAACCCCAUGCAACAACACUCCGUGGCCCUGGAGUCCUAUCUCAUCAAACCCAUCCAGCGGAUCCUCAAGUACCCUCUCCUACUCAGGCAGCUGAAGGACCUCACUGACGUCAACAGCGAUGAACAUGACCAUCUUAAAGAAGCCCUCCACGGCAUGGAAGCAGUGGCAGAGCACAUCAACGAGAUGCAGAAAAUUUAUGAAGAGCACGGUGUGGUGCUGGACGAGCUGGCCAAACAAUACAAAGACAGCAAUCCAAAUGAGAGGGGUCUGGAUUUGAACGUGGGUGAACUGCAAAUGUACGGAACAGUAAACUGGUUGAACGCAAGCAGUGAGCUCGGGAAGAUGAAGCGAGGGAUGGAGCUGCUGACACUUCUUUUCAUCUUCCGAACUGGGGUGGUUCUUAUGGCGCAGGAGAAAGUCAAGGGGAAGAGGAAAAUGAAGUCCAAUCAAAAUCGUCUGGCCCCCUUCCUCUCUGACGUCACGAACGGAUCAGGGAUGGGCGGCACUCGCUACAAGACAGCCAUUCCAGUGGAUCAGUUGCAGGUGAGGUUGAUGGUUGGCGACGCCCACGAGUGCCACGGCAUUUGGGAGAUGAUUCACUGUGGAUCACGUGACGAGGAAGAUGGUCGAGCUGGCAGGCCGGAAAAAGUUUACCAGUUCGCAAGUUCGCAGGAAGCGAGGAGAGAUUUUAUAAAAACCAUCCACUCAUCCAUCAGGGAGAGUGUUCAACAACAA